AUGAUUUUUCGCUUUACAACUGCAUUGCUUAGCGAUGGAGUUCCUUGUCCCAGUUACACAUCAGCACCAGCCAGAAGCAUUGCUAAGCACAGAAUUUCUCCCACCAUCAAUUCCACCUGGGAAAAGAGAAGCAUCAUCAUGUCUAAUAUUACCAUUGAUCCAGAUGUCAAACCUGGUGAAUAUGUCAUCAAGAGCCUCUUUGCUGAGUUUGCUAUUCAAGCUGAAAAGAAAAUUGAAGUUGUAAUGGCUGAACCUUUGGAAAAACCCUUGUCUAGAUCUCUUCAGAGAGGUGAAGAUCUUCAAUUUGAUCAGUUGAUAAGCUCUAUGAGCUCAGUAGCAGAGCACUGUCUCCCCUCCUUAUUACGCACCUUGUUUGACUGGUACAGACGCCAAAAUGGAACUGAAGAUGAAUCUUAUGAAUACAGGCCUCGUUCCAGCACAAAGUCUAAGGGGGAUGAGCAGCAGCGCGAGAGGGAUUAUCUACUUGAACGGAGGGACUUAGCUGUAGAUUUUAUUUUUUGCUUAGUUUUAGUAGAAGUUCUAAAACAGAUACCUGUUCAUCCAGUGCCUGACCCUUUAGUUCAUGAAGUUCUAAAUUUGGCUUUUAAGCACUUUAAACACAAGGAAGGGUAUUCAGGAACCAACACUGGAAAUGUCCAUAUCAUUGCAGAUUUGUAUGCAGAAGUGAUAGGGGUUCUUGCCCAAUCAAAGUUUCAAGCUGUUAGAAAAAAAUUUGUCACAGAAUUAAAGGAAUUAAGACAAAAGGAACAGAGUCCUCAUGUGGUACAAAGUAUCAUCAGUUUAAUUAUGGGGAUGAAGUUUUUCAGAGUAAAAAUGUAUCCUGUAGAAGAUUUUGAAGCAUCAUUUCAGUUCAUGCAGGAAUGUGCACAGUAUUUUUUGGAGGUAAAAGAUAAAGACAUAAAGCACUCGCUUGCUGGUUUGUUUGUAGAAAUUCUCAUCCCUGUUGCUGCUGCUGUUAAAAAUGAAGUGAAUGUGCCAUGCUUGAAAAAUUUUGUGGAGAUGCUCUAUCAGACAACCUUUGAGCUGAGCUCAAGAAAGAAGCAUUCAUUG